CCAAGCUGUGACGUGCAAAAACAUUAUCAUGUUCCUCAGCCAGUGCCAAUGGCAUAGGAAAAAAUGAGCACAAUCACCACAACAGAGAUUCCACCUUAUCAUCUCCCACCAGCAAACCACCUGACUGAGAAUUUUCCCAUCUCCCAGAAAACAAUCUUGAAUUUUCUAAACACAAAAUGCAGCACUUCCAUGGAAAACCUCGAGCAGGCUCAUGCUUUAAUCCUGAAAACUGAUCAUUUUCAAGACCAUUAUGUUGCAGGGACAUUAGUGAAAUGCUACGCAAAUCCUCGAUUGGGCAGCCUAGAGAGUUCAAUCAGAGUUUUGGAACAUGUACAAAAUCCAAAUGUUUUUGUAUGGAAUUGUAUCAUUAAAGGGUGUGUGGAUAAUAAAGAAUUCUUUAAGGCCAUCUGUUUUUAUAUUGGGAUGGUAAGUGUAGAUUCCAGGCCCAAUAAGUACACAUACCCCCCAUUGUUUAAGGCCUGCAUUGUAAAGGAACUUAUUGCAGAAGGGAUGCAACUCCAUGGUCAUAUCAUUAAACAUGGUCUUAAUGCAGAUGGCCACAUAAUUAGUUCAGGAAUUCGGAUGUACGCAUCUUUGGGACGUCUGGAGGAUGCCCAAAACAUGUUUGAUGAAAGUGCACAAAGAGAUGUUGUUUGCUGCAAUGCCAUGAUUGAUGGUUGUAUGAAAUCCCGAGAUCUCGAAUCAGCUAGGGAGUUGUUUGAUGACAUGAAGGAGAAGAAUGUUGGCUCUUGGAAUACAAUGGUCUCUGGCUAUGCUAACAAUGGACAGAUUGAGGAGGCUAAGAAAUAUUUCGAUGAAAUGCCAGAGAAGGAUGAGGUAUCCUGGAGUGCAAUGAUUGAUGGUUAUAGCAAAGGAAGGUAUUUCAAGGAGGCUUUGGAAGUUUUCAAUGCAAUGCAAGGAGAGGAAAUUAAACCUAGUAAAUUUGUUCUUUCAAGUGUACUGGCUGCUUGUGCUAAUGUUGGGGCUCUUGCUCAAGGGAAAUGGAUUCAUGAUUAUGUUAGAAGGAAUUCAAUUCCAUUGGAUGCAGUAUUAGGGACUUCUUUGGUAGAUAUGUAUGCUAAAUGCGGACGAAUUGACUUGGCGUGGGAAGUUUUCGAGAAAAUGAAAGAUAAAGAAAUUUUUUCUUGGAAUGCAAUGAUUGGGGGACUUGCAAUGCACGGCCGAGCAGAAGAUGCAAUUGAGCUCUUCGUGAAGAUGUUAAGGCAAAACUUGAAACCAAAUGAUAUCACAUUUACAGCACUUCUAAACGCUUGUGCUCAUACAGCAUUGGUUGAUAAAGGCCUAGAGUAUUUCCAUUCCAUUGAACAAGUUUAUGAACUAAAACCAACAUUAGAGCACUAUGGAUGUGUCGUUGAUCUCUUAGGUAGGGCGGGACUAUUAACUGAAGCGGUCGGACUAAUAAAUCAUAUGCCAAUGAAGCCAAAUGCUGUUGUUUAUGGCGCCCUUCUAAGUGCUUGCGGGAUACAUGGCAAUGUUGAUUUAGCGGAGAAAAUCGGGGAAACCCUGCUUGAAUUGGAGCCUGAAAACAGCGGUCGAUAUGCAUUGCUGUCAAAUAUCUAUGCAAAGGCAGGGAAAUGAGAUAAUGUCGCAAAAUUGCGAAAAUCAAUG